CCCGGAAAUUCUGAGCAUGCUUUGGAUUUUUAGCAUUAUGAAGCGACAAAUGAUAUGAAUGCAUCCAACAUAUCCAAAACGAUUUCCGAUCAAGCAUGUUCUUGGUGUGGUUCUCCACAAGAGUUAUUGACAAUUUAAUCAACGACAAACUACCUGCGAAGAUGCGGCUGGAGAGUAGGCGAAAUGAAAAAUUCUUGUGGAAAAAUACCUCAUACUUUGAGAAAAAACGGAUUGCCCUGGAGAAAGGCGAGCAUACGGACUGCACUUUCAUUGUUGGUCCUAAUGACGAGUAUGCUGAAGUAAUCCAUGCUUCAAAGUUCGACCUGGUUUUAGCCAGUGAGUAUUUUGAUAGAAUGCUGAAAAGUCCGUUCACCGCACCAGGUCCAAUUAGAGUAAAAAAAGCUGAGCCUCACAUUUUCAAGUUGUUAAUAGAAUUUGUCCAUUUUAAUUCUCUGUCCGCGCCUUUGACCGAUUUAAACGAAGCUGUGCAGUUGGCUAAAGCAGCCGACGAGUAUCUGAUUGAGGAGUUGGGUGACUUUUGCUCCAAACAGAUAUACGAGCUGCUGACCGUGGAGACCAUCUGGACAACGCUUAGCACUAACUUCAGGAUCAGAUUCAUUUCCAGCAGUUGUGGAAAGUUCCUGGCAGAGCACACUGAAAAGUGCAUUUCGCACAGCUCGUUUCUUAGGAUCAGCGUUGAAGUACUGGAUUGGUUUUUGCAAUUGCCGGAAAUGAAUAUCCAGUCAGAAACAGAGCUGAUCCGUGCUUGCUUGAAGUACUGCAGGUACAACAAUAACUUGCAAUUAAUGCGUUUCUUUCUCCAACACCUGCGAUUGAUGACUCUAACCAGCCCUGAGGAUUUUGAACUGAUUUCCGAAGUACUGACACCAGAAGAGUCCAUUUUCAUUCUUCAGACUAUGCUCCAUUCGAGAUGCUUGAAAGAUUUGCAUUUGGCUGUCCCUUCCGCACUGUGCCCAAUAGCGGAAGAAAGAUUUAAGAAGCCAACAAACUACCAAACGCUGGAGGUUAUCCCUAAGAGUAAAAUAUUAGGGAGUCGAGAGCUGAUAGAGCAGAGGCUCUACAAAAAAAUCGUAGGCUUUCAAGGUACUUCAGGAAACACCUACUUCACCUCCUGCUAUCUGCAUUUCACUACAGGGAGCUACAUUCUCAUCAACGAAAUUGAAGUGAUGUGUAAGGUUUACACUGAACCCAAGCUUAUCUUCCGCCAGGGACAAGUUAAGAGAGUGAUUUUCGACAGGCAAGACGAGUAUAACUGCAAUAUCGAGUUGGAGAUGUUUGUUUCGAGCAAGAAGUACAUAGCAAGGCAAAAAACGGCUUUCAGAACCAAUUCCUCAGCUAUUUUCGCUUUUGACGAGCCAGUUUUUGCACCAAAGGGAAGCAAAGUAGGCGUGAGUGCAAUUUUGACAGAAGGCUGCUACUACAGGGAUAUCACGGCUGAAAGUAUUAAAAGAGAGUUGUCUAUUAACAAUAAUAAUGAAAGUGAAAAUGUCUUUGAAGACAUAGCAGUGUUUUUGUGUGAGGGAGGCAAAGUUAAUUCUCAUAGAGGUCCCUAUUUCAUCAAAAGCCUGAAAUAUUCUUUGGUGGAUGCCUCAUUCUAGAAGAUGGUUCAUAAACAAUGUGAGCCAGAAAUAAUGCCAUUUUUCAACCAAUUUUUCGUAACAUUUCUUAGCGGUAUUUGAAUAUAUAUUUUAUAAAGAACUCAUUGAUUGACGGAUAAGUCAUAGUUAUAUCUGUAAUUUUUAUACAAUACAGAACGGUAU